AUGCGGCGGGUAGUAACCGGGCUGUGCACACUUCGACAGACCGUCACCGCCGGAGACGCGCUCGCACGGUUACCGAGGUGUGGGGUGGCUCGCAGGAACAUGUCGUCUCAAGCGACACGGCCCGUGUCCUUACUGGGAACCAUGGCGUUCGGCGGCCGAGCCGACGCCGAGCUGAGCCUGGAGAUGGCGCAGGCUUUCCUGGCCAGGGGACACAGCCGCGUGGACACGGCCCUCAUGUACGUGGACGGGAAGUCGGAGGCGGUCAUAGGCGGCAUGAAUCUCCCCAACACAGUGAGCAUAGCUACCAAGGCCAACCCCUGGGAUGGGAAGACGCUGAAGCCAGAGAGUGUGCGCUCCCAGCUGGAAACCUCCCUUCAGAGGCUGCGCACUGAUUGUGUGGACCUGUUCUACCUCCAUGCCCCGGACCACCAGACCCCCAUCCAGGAUACUCUCAGGGCCUGUAAUGAUCUGCACAAAGAGGGAAAAUUCAAGGAGUAUGGCCUGUCGAACUAUGCAUCGUGGGAAGUGGCUGAAAUUGUGUGCAUCUGCAGACACAACAACUGGAUCAUUCCCACCGUGUAUCAGGGGAUGUACAAUGCCACUACAAGACAGGUGGAGACAGAGCUGCUGCCAUGUCUGAGAUACCACGGAAUGAGAUUCUACGCAUACAAUCCUCUAGCAGGUGGCCUUCUGACAGGAAAGUAUCAUUAUCAGGACAAAGAUGGCUCCCAGCCUGCAGGACGAUUCUUUGGCAACAACUGGGCUGCAGCAUAUCGGGACAGAUACUGGAAGGAAAGUAAUUUCCAGGCCAUAGAUGUGGUUCUCAAGGCCUUGGAGACAGCGUACGGCUCAGAAAAACCUACCCUGACCUCUGCUGCUAUGCGCUGGAUGUACCACCACUCCCAACUAAAGGGGGAUCUUGGAGAUGGAGUCAUCAUUGGCAUGUCAAGCAUGGAGCAACUUCAGCAGAACUUGGAUGCAGCGGAGGAGGGUCCUCUGGAUGAGAGAGUGGUAGCUGCCUUCAACGAAGCCUGGAAUCUUGUGGCCCACGAGUGUCCAAACUACUUCCGAUGAGGACCCUCACUUUAACGUAGAGCAGAAAUCUUGACUACAGUCUAAUUAAAUCUCAUUCAAAUUUUUGUGUUAAAGUGUAAGAGCACUUAAUUGAUAAUGUAUAAAUGUAAAAAUCACAAGAUAUUUUUUUUAGGAGAAAUAGCCUUUUCUUGAGCCUGCCUUAAUUAAACUGUUACAAUAAAAAAAAAUUAAAAAAAU